GCUCGCACACAUACCGACACACUCCGGGCGCUGCUGGAUCCGGACCGAACCUCUGUCCCUGACCCGCGGACCCGCGGACCCCUCCUCACUCAGACACCUGCAGCCGGUUCUGGUCCGGAGAGCCGGGGACGGGAUGCUGUUCUGUCAGGGAGGUCCGGUGUGAACWGGAGGCUCCGGACCUGAUCUGUGGAUCAGCUGUUUGUUGAGCGCAGCGCGCAGGAGACCAGGACCGGGACCAGAACCGGGACCAGAACCGACAUCUGAAUCUGUGAAGUGCAGACUGAAAAAGAAAAAGAAGAAAAUGUUUUUAAAUGUUUUAGUUUUUCUUGUUUUUCUUCUUUAAUCAGAUUUUAUUUUCUGAUUUCUGCUCCGGAACCAACAUGACCCGGGUCCACAGAGUCCGGUCCGAAGGUUAGUCCAGAAGAGAACAAAAUCUAAGAACCUGAUUUCACUUUAGAUCCGCGCUCCAUCAAGAACCGGUUCGACCCGAGCAGACCCAGUAAAGCAGUCCGGUUCUAGACCCGGGAGCGCACCGGAGACCAGGACCAUGAUCAGGAUCUUCCCGGAUUUCAGCGUCCAGGUGACCGCUUCUGCGGCCGGAGGAUCCGGGACCGGGAGCGGAGGAGGAGGCGGAGGCAUGGUGACCGGACCCCCGGUGGGUCGGGUCCCGGUCCAGGUACCCGGAGCCACCAACGGAACCCCGCAGAGCGUGCAGGGCAUCUCCGCCUACCAGCAAAGUGACCCCUACUGGGAGCGGCCGUCUAAUGCAGGCAGCUGCUCCGCCGCCCGGCCCAAGACCCUUCACCUGGCGGGCCAGCAGCAUACGUCCUCACCAUGGCUGCAGGCUCUCCGGAAGGAAAAGUCCCGGGACGCAGCAAGGUCGCGGCGGGGAAAAGAGAACUUUGAGUUUUAUGAACUAGCCAAGAUGCUGCCGCUGCCCGGCGCCAUCACCAGCCAGCUGGACAAGGCCUCCAUCAUCAGGCUGACCAUCAGCUACCUGAAGAUGAGGGACUUCGCCAACCAGGGGGACCCCCCGUGGAACCUGCGCAUCGAGGGGCCCCCGCCCAACACCUCAGUCAAAG